GUCGACGGUGGCUCUCGCGCAAAACCCGUCUGCUCCCUCCCCUCACCUGCCUUCUGCCCUUCUGUCUUCAUCUGGGGCUCGUGUCUGUGUAAUAUUUGCUCCAGCUUGCACACGGUCUGCCCUCCCUGUACUCAACUGCCUGGACGCGUCUGCUGCUCCGUGACCAGUACUGCGUUCCUGUCUCUCAAACUCCGCGUUAAACUUGUUCUGCAAAAAUGGCUUCCUUCGAGGAUUACGACGAGUUCGGAAACUACAUCGGCGGAGACCUUGACUCCGAUGAGGAGGUGGAGGAGCUCCAGCAGCAGUCUCAGUUCGCGCCCCAACCAGAGGUGCAGCCUCUGGAGGGGUUCGACGAGGAGCCGGCACAAGAUGACAUGGCCCUUAUGGAAGUAGACGAGCCGAUCCAAAAUGCGGUCGUACUACACGAGGACAAGAAGUACUAUCCGUCGGCGUCUGAGGUAUACGGCGAGGAAGUCGAGACGUUGGUCCAGGAGGAGGACGCGCAACCACUCACACAACCUAUCGUUGCGCCUAUCAAAGUGCGGAAAUGGACUGUGGAGGAGAAAGAUAUGCCGGAGACCCGGUUCGACAAGAGCUUCCUGCUCAAUAUGACAGGCUUCCCUGAGUUUGUGCGGAAUGUUGCUGUUGUUGGUCACCUGCACCACGGAAAGACCGCACUGUUGGACAUGCUCGUGUUUGAGACACAUAAGCUGACAUGGAAUUCGGACCACCCGACCCGGUACACAGAUACUCACGUUCUUUCCCGGGACCGAGAUAUCUCCAUCAAGUCCGGUCCUAUGUCCUUGGUCUUGCCCAACAGCUACGGGAAGUCUCACCUAGUCCAUCUCAUUGACACUCCCGGACACGUGAACUUCGUCGACGAGGUUGCUAGUGCCAUUCGCUUGGUAGACGGUGUCCUCUUGGUGGUCGACGUUGUGGAAGGGGUCAUGUGUAAUACUGAGGCGAUCAUCCGACAUGCGCUCCAAGAAGGUGUCAAAAUCACCCUCGUCGUGAACAAGAUUGACAGGCUAAUCCUUGAGCUGCGCAUCAAGCCUGCUGAUGCGUACUACAAAAUCAAGCACACCAUUGAGGAAAUCAACACCUUCAUCAGCGGUAUCAACCCUGACCCAGAGCUGAGGCUCAGCCCCGAGAACGGAAACGUUGCAUUCGCGAGCACUGACAUGGCUUGGUGCGUCACCCUGAGGUCCUUUGCGCAGAUGUAUGCGGACACAUACGGCUCUGUGGAUGUUAACGCUUUCGCGGACCGCCUAUGGGGCGACAUUUGGUUCAACAACGAGACGCGUAAAUUCUCGCGCAAGCCUGCCGACCCUGAGGCAAACCGGACAUUUGUGCACUUCAUCCUGGAGCCCUUGUACAAGCUGUAUAGCCAUGUGCUCAGCGAGGAGACUGAGCCGCUCAAGGAGACACUGGCAGCCCUCGGCAUCUCGCUGAAGCCUAUCAUGUACAAGAUGGACGUGCGGCCUCUCCUGAAGGUUGUACUCAGCCAAUUCUUCGGUCCCUCGGUAGGGCUGGUGGACAUGAUCACCGAGCACAUCCCAUCUCCAGUGGAAGCUACCCGGUCCAAGGUCCUAGGAACUUAUACCGGCCCCAUGUCGUCUGAACUGGCUCAGGUCAUGCAGGAGUGCAAUCCCGAGGGCCCUCUCAUGAUCCAGAUCUCCAAGCUCUACCACACAACCGACGCCCAGCACUUCCGAGCAUUCGGCCGUGUCAUCAGUGGUACCGUCCGGAAGGGCAUGGAUGUGAAGGUGCUCGGUGAAGGGUAUUCGCCCGAAGACGAGGAGGACAUGGUCAAGGCGCAGAUCGAGGAUAUCUGGAUCACCGAAUCACGGUACCACAUCCCGGCAGAAGAGGUUCCUGCGGGCAACCUCGUCCUGCUCGGCGGCGUAGACGCGUCUAUCUUCAAGAGUGCAACGAUCGCAGCAGUGGAUAUCGACGACGACCUGCACAUUUUCCGCCCAAUCAAGCACAUGACGCAGUCAGUGCUUAAGAUCGCCAUUGAGCCCAUCGCGCCUUCAGAGCUACCGAAGAUGCUGUCAGGCCUCCGGAGUGUGAACAAGAGCUACCCUCUAGUGUCGACGAAGGUCGAGGAGAGCGGAGAGCACGUCGUCAUCGGCACGGGCGAGCUGUACCUGGACUGUGUGAUGCACGACCUCCGAAGGCUGUUCUCCGAGAUCGAGAUCAAGGUGUCGGACCCGGUCACGAAGUUCGCGGAGACGGUGCUCGAGACCAGCGCGCUGAAGUGCUACGCGGACACGCCCAACAAGAAGAACCGGCUAACGAUGAUCGCGGAGCCUCUGGAGCGCGGUAUCGCGGAGGACAUCGAGACCGGGCGCGUGAACAUGCGUAUGACGGCGAAGGAGCGCGGCAAGUUCUUCGAGGAGAAGUACCAGUGGGACCUGCUCGCGUCGCGGUCAAUAUGGGCGUUCGGGCCCGACGACAGCGGACCGAACAUCUUGCUGGAUGACGUGCUGCCCUCGCAGGUCGACAAGAAGCUCCUCGGCACAGUCAAGGAGCACAUCAAGCAGGGCUUCCAGUGGGGUACGCGUGAAGGCCCCCUGUGCGACGAACCGAUGCGGAAUGUCAAGUUCAGGAUCCUUGACGCAAGUCUGGCGCAAGAACCAAUCUACCGCGGCGGUGGACAGAUUGUGCCCACUGCUCGCCGCGUCUGUUACUCGUCGUUCCUGAUGGCUACACCUCGAUUGAUGGAGCCCAUCUACUACGUCGAGGUGCAGGCCCCGGCGGACUGUAUAUCGGCUGUAUACACGGUGCUUGCGCGGCGCCGUGGUCACGUCACACAGGAUAUCCCGAAGGCAGGCUCGCCGCUGUACACGGUGAAGGCGCUGAUUCCAGUCAUCGACGCGAACGGGUUCGAGACGGACCUUCGGACGGCAACGCAGGGUCAGGCGUUCUGUCUGCAGACGUUCGACCACUGGUCUAUUGUGCCCGGUGAUCCCACGGACACGAGUAUCAAGCUCCGGCCCCUCGAGCCCGCGUCCGGGCAGGCACUCGCGCGCGACCUUGUGCUGAAGACGCGGCGGCGCAAGGGUCUGGGAGACCAGAUUUCGGUGUCGAAAUACCUGGACGACGAGUUCAUCCUCGCACUAUCUGCGUCGGGGCAUGCGGAUCUGCUUGGCUGAGUGUAGCGUAGUGCGUGUUGUAUGUACGUAGAAUGUUGGGCCUGUUAUCCAUUUUGCUUUCCG